AUGCCUUCAGCAGCGCCACCCGCCGAAAAUGGCGCGCCGCGCAGCGAGCUCGAGCAGCUACAGCUGCGCGCUGGUCAAGUCACCGAUGAGUCGCUGGAGUCGACGCGGCGUAUGAUGCAACUAUGUGAGGAGAGUCACGAGGUGGGCAUGAAAACCCUGGUCAUGCUGGAUGAACAGGGCGAGCAAUUGGACAGAAUCGAGGAGGGCAUGGAUCAGAUCAACGCGGACAUGCGCGAGGCAGAGAAGAACCUCUCGGGCAUGGAGAAAUGUUGCGGGAUCUGUGUGCUGCCGUGCAACAAGGGUGCGUCAUUCAAGGAGGAUGACGGCACGUGGAAGGGGAACGACGACGGCAAGGUGGUCAACAACCAGCCGCAGAGGGUGAUGGACGAGCGCAACGGGAUAGGACCACAAGCUGGAUACAUAGGAAGGAUAACAAACGACGCUCGUGAAGAUGAGAUGGAAGAGAACAUGGGCCAGGUGAACACGAUGAUCGGCAACCUGCGCAACAUGGCGCUGGACAUGGGCUCCGAGCUGGAGAACCAGAACCGCCAGAUCGACCGCAUCAACCGCAAGGGUGAGAGCAACGAGACGCGCAUAGCAGUGGCCAAUCAGCGCGCGAACAAGCUCCUCAAGUCUUAA